CUCCGCUUCGCAGCGCUGCCUACCUUUUCUGUUAAAUAGCUCUACUGCAAGGCGCUGUUUUUGCCUGCCCCUUAUUGUCGCUUUUCUCUUCGCUGCUGUGCAUUGCAUUCUCUCUCUCCUUUUCAUUUGCCCACACUGCCUUUUCUACCAAAUAGUAAAAAACCUGCCACAUCCAUCCAUCAUGAAGUUCAUCUCAUUUGCCAUCGCUGCCCUCGCUACCGCUGACCUGAAGGGCAAGGCAGGCAUCUCGGCCAAGGUCGAGUUCUCCCAGGCCAGCAAGGGCGUCAACGUCAAGCUGACGGCUACGGGACUGAAGACCGGGGUGCAGUACCCGUACCACAUCCACGUCAGCCCAGUCCCCUAUGACGGCAACUGCACGGCCACCGGCGGGCACCUGGACCCGGCCAAGAUCAAGGUGGCCGACAAGCCGUACAAGUGUGACGCGAAGGACCCGGCCAAGACGUGCGAGCUGGGCGACCUGGCGGGACGGCACGGCAACCUGACGGCGGAUGCCACGGGCGCGGCCUCGGUUACGUACGUGGACUCGAUUCUGGCGUUUAGCGGCGUGGACACGAUCCUGGAGCACUCGGUUGUGAUCCACGGCGCCGACAAUGCGCGCCUGGCGUGCGGCAACAUUGUUGUGGCCAAGUCAGGCGAGGCAUCGUCCGAGCUCCCGUCGUCGGGUGCCAUGCACGAGAGCGCGUCGGACGAGAGCAACUCCGUUGCCACUGGCGUCGAGAGCAAGACCGGCGGUGCCUCGUCCAUCGCCGCUAUCUCGGGCGUUGUCGCUCUGGUUGCUGCCGGCCUUUGCCAUCUAAGCCCUAGCAUCGGGAGCUGCCUGUGCGCAAGUCUCCAUGACUCUUUGUGGCUCUCACUCCAGCCUUCACCCCCUCCCGCUUUUGCUGUUAUAUUCGCUUUUUAUUCCUUUCUCUCCGAGCAAGCUGAGCACCCCUUCUAUCCGGCCUUCAUUCGUUCUCAUUAGUUUUCUACAAUAAAAGCCGAUUUGUGCAAGGCGCUACUAUUCUCAUACGAGCACCGACAGAGAUGUGGUGUUCGCUUGCCGCGUCUGUCCGCCACCUCCGUUUUGCUGCCAUUGCCUUUGUGGGU